AAUGUCGUCUGCUCACUUUGACAGUUACGUUUAUACUUAAAAAUAAAAACACAUUCUUUUCACAAAUAAUGAUUAAGAAUUUGUAUAAUCUUACAAUCUUAUUUUUUAUCGUUGUAAUUUCAGUGAAUAUUAACUAAGAGAAUAUAAAGCUUAAAAAGGUGUAUUAUAAUGUGAUAACGUCGUCUGCUUGACCGAUAGCUGCGCAAGUUCAGAAAUCAGCCCCAAAGCGGUGAAUGAUACAGUAUUCGGACGUGUGACAGUUCAUGCGUAAUAAGCGUAAUUGUUGCCAGAAUAGUAAUUAUAAUGAAGACAAUAGUCAAUUUUUAAAGAAUAUAAUAUACAUACUAUGUCGUUUAUUUUACUAUUCGUUUAACAAUGGAAGCUGAAGUUAGAGUUAAUAACCGUUCGUCAAGUAUUUUCAAUCGCAAUGCAGUUUGUUAUGGAUUUUGACGUGAAUGACGUGUCAAUGCAUUGCCAAUGUGAGGCUCAAAGUCAAAGUGAAUUUCGUAACAAUAUAAGAAAAGUCACAAUAGUAUAAAAAAAGUUUACAACAGUAGUUCCUGGACAUAAUUAAGUAUAAAUAUGUAUAUAUCUAAGGAAGAUGAAUUUUGUGCCUAAGCAAAUGAAUCAAGGAGAGUUAAUAAUUGAAUUGUCACCCUAAAUAAUACAUUUACAAAUAUGUAUCAUUUACUUUCAGUCUAACUAUUCCACAAAAAUUAUUCUAUAUGAAAGUGUUAAAUUUAUUAAUAUAUAAAGUGCAAUUAUAUAUUAAUAUAAUACUAAAUGUAUUUAUUUAAACAUGAAAAAUAUACUGAUAAUAAACUAUUAACAAGAUUAAAUAUCUUGUUUUACGAUUCUAGUCUACAUCGUACAAUAAAAUAUACAUUAUAAUUAUUAUUGAGAUAAUCGCACAUUGUUUCUGCAAAGACUAUAUAUAAAUAUUUAUUACAUUCAAGAGUUUGUGCUAUUAAUGAUCAUGAGCAUUGAAACUAUCAUAAAUUACCUUAUGGAUAAUAUUGAAAAGAGAGUGAUUAUAAUUGUACAACAAACUUCAGAAUCACUUUGCAAAUGCCUAAAUCUUGAUUUACUUUGUAGUAAUAUAUGUAAGAUAGACCUACACUAUUAAAAUUUCUAAAUUAUAUACUUGACACAAUUAAUAGCAAAGUAAUUUGUUCAUUACUAUUGAAUUAUAUUGUGUUCAAAGUAUAAAAUUACAAAUAUUACUAUGGAGCCAUGCGAAGAGAAUGAUGCAUCUAAUACGACAAAUGCUGUUAAAGCAGAUAUUUCUCCUAAGACAAAACAAAAGAAGAAAUCUCUAUGUUGCAUGCUUAUGAAUAAAAAAACCAGAGUUGGUUGUUUGGAAACAUCUUACAAAGAUGGUAAUUCAAAUAAAAAUUCAAAAAUGGAAAAUUCACAACAUGGAUCUCAUACUAGUACAAAACUCUCAUUGUGUUGCGCGAUGACUGAACGCAGCAAGACACCACCGCAAAGUUUGACUGUCAGUAGAUUGUCUCCAACUACAUUAAGUCGUACAUCUGUCAAAUCUGAAGUAGCUUCUGUUAAUGGAAAUUGUCAAACAGAUGUAUUAGUGGAGAAGGAGGAAAUCUAUACAUCAAGUGCUACACGUAACAUUCAAAAAAACAUGGAGAAGAAUAGUAUUUUUGUAGAAAAAGAACAACAACAAAAUACUUUCGUUGAAGAGUUAACAGAAGAUUUAUUUGAGGAAUCAUCAGAAGAUGAGAAUGAACUUUUGAUUGAUUAUGAAAAAAAUGAAAGAAAUAUCAAGGAUGAAUAUUUUACAAAAGGAAAAUAUAUCUCUUAUUUCUUCUUGGAAAUGGAACGGCAGUUCUACAAUCCUCAUGAAGUUUAUAGUAUGGUUCAAUACCAUGAAUCUAACAAUACUGAAAAACCAGGAAAAGAAGGUGAAAAUUCAUCCUCUGGAUCUACUUCACCAAGUGUUCCUGCAUAUUUAAGACAAAGACUAAUUCAUAGACGGUCUGUAGAUAAUUUAGUAGCAAAUUCUCCAACAAAUUCUAUGCGACAUUCGAGUCCAGAGUCUAUAAAAAGUGCCCCUGUUCAACUCAAACCACGUUCCACAUCUCAUGAUACUUUGUCUAAAAAAAAAGAACGUCAUCGAUCUCAAACAACUGGAACGUCUAUGGAUAGCUUAGCAAAACAAGCACUACUAGCUGCUCAAGUCUUUAAUUUAAUUCCUACACAAAAAGCUCGAGAAAGAAAUUUUCUUCAUGGAAGGAUUGCUGCAAACUCAUUGCUUGGACCAGUAGAACUUGAGAAAGUAUUACCAAAUCGCGAAUUGAAAAUUUUUGUUGGUACAUGGAACAUGAAUGGGCAAAGUCCACCGAAAGAGUUAAAUGAUUUUAUGUUACCUUCGGAUAUAGAAACUGUUCCAGAUUUAUUAGCAAUUGGAACACAAGAAUCCUGUUCCGAACGAAGCGAAUGGGAAGCAGCUUUACAAGAAACUCUUGGCCCUUCUCAUGUACUAUUGUUUAGUACUGGUUUAGGAACAUUACAUCUUGCUUUAUUUUUAAGAAGAGAUUUAAUUUGGUUCUGUUCUGUUGCUGAGGAUGCCAAUUUUUCAACUAGAACAGGGACCGCUUUUAGAACAAAGGGAGCAGUGGCCAUAGCUUUAAUGUUAUUUGGUACAAGUUUUCUUUUUGUUACUGCACAUUUAACCGCACAUCAAGAUAAAGUCAAAGAACGAGUAAAUGAUAUUAAAAGAAUAGUUAGAAAUCUUGAUCUUCCUAAAGAUUUACCUACAAGACAUAAAAACAAAGAUGUAACUCAGAACUUUGAUUGUGUGUUCUGGUGUGGAGAUUUAAAUUUUCGCCUAGCUCAACCAAGAGAAGAAGUUAUUCAGUGGGUUACGGAUACAUGUUUCCCUCAACAGUCACCGAUAAAUUUACAUAAAGAUCAAUUACGAACAAUUCUUAACGAAGGAGCUGUUUUACGUGGGUUUGAAGAGGCACCAAUUAUGUUUCCUCCUACUUAUAAAUACGAUCCAGGAACUCAAAAUUUCGAUUCAAGUAGUAAGCAACGCACACCCGCGUAUACUGACAGAAUUCUCUUUAAGGGAAAAGGGCACACAAGAGGAUACAUUCGAAGAGUUAGUCACGAAAGUACUAAUUCAUAUAAAGAUGGAGUUAUAGAAUGUUUGGUAUAUGACUCUGUUCCAAGCAUUUGUACUUCAGAUCACAAACCUGUAUGGGGUGUUUUUAAAACAACCAUAAGGCCCGGCAUUGAUACAAUUCCUCUUGGUGGUGGUUUGUUCAACCGCGAAGUAUAUUUAGAAGGUAUAAAAAGACGAGCAGCUGCUAUGGAUGAAUCUCGUGGAACUUCAAAAGUAUGUUCAUUACAAUAAACGUAAAUAUGAAUUUCAGUGAUGAAAAAGAUUUCACAUUGUCGAGUUUGUACAACACAAGUAUUAUAUAUUUAUUCAUUCUAAUUUUUUAAUGCCAGAAUGUGAGAACAUAGCUAUUGUAAUUCUCAUAGCCAAUGUCACUUCUUUUUUGUAUACUCCCUCUCUUUCUCUAUACAGAUGUGUAUGAAAAAUUUAUAACCAUUCAUAACUUUUUUACACGAAUAACAAAAACCGUUUUUCUAGUGCAGUUUAUAUAGCAUAUUAUUGUAUAAUGUGCACUUUGUAAUAUCUAGUCAAGAGAAAAAUAUAUGUAAACUGUCCAUUCAUGAAAUUAGCAGUCUCAACAGUAGGAUAUAAUUGUUGUGUGCCAUUUAUAAAAAUGCGAAAAAAAACGAACAGAAUAAUCUGUUGUCUCAAUAUUCAAACCAUAUACAAAAUUCCAGAUUGUACUACUAUUUCAUAGCUAUGCUUUAUACAUUUUAUGUAUGCAUAAAUCAUAACUUAGAAGAGUGUUAAAAACUUUAAAAGACAUAAGCAUUGUGUUAUAUUUAUUUAAAAUAUUCUAUAUUUAAAAGCAUUAUAAGCACAAUGAAACAAUUGAUUAGAAAUUAAAUAUUUCAAUAAAAAAAUAUUUGUUUUUAAAUAAAUAAUUUAUUUAAAAAACAAUAUGCAAGUCUAAGCUAUGUUAAACUAUAUAAAUGUAAUACUGAUUUUAAGAUAAGGAUUAUCUAUAAGUAACUUACUGGUUGUUUUAACUAUGAUUUUAUAAUUUGUAAGUUGUUUAGUUCAUUUUGGAACUUUAUUUAUUGGGACCACCCACUGUAAUAAACUAGAUGAAAAAUUAACAUUAUUUAAAAAUGUAUAUUUAAAUUUCAUUAUCAA